AUGAAUUCAAAACAUUCCAACUCAAAACAGGAUGAGAAAGAUACUGAAAAUAGCAGAGAAAACUAUAUUCCAAAUUUUUCUCCUAUAUUUAAGGCUUGGGGCUACCUAUCUUCAGAUAAGAUUAACAAUUCAUAUUUUCAGAACUAUUCAAAUGAUGAUUCUGAUGGUUGGGUUUACUCGAAUAAUAACCAAUCUUCUAAGCCCAAAUACAGUUCUUCUCGCCUGAUAGACAAAUUACUAGACUUUCUUAAUCUAUCAGACUUUUACUCAAGCUUCACAACACAAACUACAGAUCAAAAGCUAUCAAAAAUAAUACAAUCCAAACACAACAAACACCUUGAUUUCACCUGGAAUAUCCUUUACAUACUCCAACACUUAUAAUCGUCUUGAUGAUCUACCUGCAAAUCUUCACUGAAGACCUAUCAAAGCCAGGGUUUCUGGCUCAACUAAUAAACUCAACUUUGUUCAUGGUGCUGGUGAACAUCAUAAAGUUAGUUAAGAAGAGAAGGCCCAAUAUUGUUCACUACUUCUUGCCCUGCUUGUUGUUUUUGGAAGGGUCUGCUGUAGCUAUUGAGAACUGACUUUUUGAAGAGUUUAGGUUUUAUGAACUUUGGAUUAUUUGGUAUAUGACAGCACUUGCAUUUUCAGCGACGUUUUUUUUGAGAGAGAUUGGGGUCCUGUGGUGGGAACUAGAGGGUAGGGUUAGUUAUGUAUAUGGAAAGAAGGUUUUAAUAGAGUAGCUGAUCUAAUCUUGCGUUUAAAAUAAUUUUUUACAAUUAAAUUACAAUUUUUGGCUUUCUUUCAUUAAUUAUCUCUCUAAAUUUACACUCCAAUUUCUAAAAAAUUCCCCAAAAUUUCCUCAUUUAAAGUACCCUCAAAAUAUUUUCUCAUUAAAUUUUAUUACUUUGGACAACCUCCUCUCUGAAACCAUCUUCCCUAGCAUCCAUCUUGGCUGUGUCUAAUUUUAUGCCUAUUCUGAGAUAACAAAACCUUUG